AUGGUAGCUACCACCGGUGGUAGUGAGCUAGACCACGAAAAGCGCUUAGAAGACCUUACGGGACGCGUAGUCAAGGAGUCCACUCAUCCAAUAGCACAUGGCAGUUUUGGGGAUGUGUGGAAAUGCAGAUUCCGCCAAUGGGACCGUGACUGUGAAGACCUGGAGGCAAGCAUGCUACACGUAGCAGUCAAAUCCAUAAGAAUCGAUAUCACAAACGACGAUCCCAGGGUCAGACUUACUCGAAGACUCUUGGCCGACUAUCAUGCACGGAAGCAACUGCAUCACGAAAAUCUUUUGCCUCUGCUCGGUUUCAGUUACGAAUUUGGGCUACUUCCAGCGAUGGUUUUCCCCUGGAUGCACAACGGCUCGCUCACCACAUAUCUUGAACACCAUUUCACAGAAUUGACCAUCGAAAAAAAGCUCCGGAUCUUGCGGCAAGUCGCUGCAGCCAUCAGCUACCUCCACUCGAAGGGCAUCGUCCACGGCAACCUUACUGCUAACGACAUUCUGAUAGAUUCGGAUCACAAUGCCUACGUAGCAUACGAUGGAAUCCUCAAGGACGAAGAGUCAUCGACUCCUCCACAGCCAGCUAGCGAUAUUUAUUCCUUCGGAUGCAUCGCGCUUCAGGUUAUGACAGGUCAAUCACCCAAUGCAGAUGUGCGAAACGACCAUCAAGACACUGUCCCGAAGAAGCCUACAAGACCAUCGAGUCCGCACGACGCAGAUUCUUUCUGGGAUUUCAUUGAGAAAUGCUGGAGUGAUGUAGGACGUCGCCCCUCUGCUGUUGAUGUCACGAGCUUUCUAGGAUCAUAUCACUGCGCUAGUUGA